UUGGCUGCAAUGUCACAACAAGUUCAUGGCAAGACUGCCAUCAUCACUGGAGCUGGCAGCGGCUUAAACUUUGCCCUCGCAAAAACCCUGCUCGGGAAAGGCUGCAACGUUGUGCUGGCAGAUUUAACUCUGCGGCCCGAAGCUCAACAGUUUGUCAGCUCGCAUAAAGAAUCAUCAAAGUCUCAAGGCAGGGCAGUCUUUAAGAAAACCGAUGUCACGUCUUGGAAGCAACUUGAUGAACUGUUCGAUACAGCGGAGAAAGAAUUUGGGACCGUAGACAUCGUGGUUGCUGGAGCCGGUGUUUUCGAACCUGACUUUAGCAGCUUCUGGGUCCCCCCAGGGACGGGCAAGAGUCGCGAUGCGCCUGAUGGAGAUCGCUAUGCCCAAAUUGAUAUCAAUGUUGUCCACCCCAUCCGCGUUACGCAGCUGGCCAUUACUCGUGCUCUGAAUAGCGAACGGAGUCCAAAGACAGUGUUGAUUGUUUCCAGCACAAACGGUCAGCAGGCGUCGUUCUCAACGCCAGUCUACUCGGCGACAAAGCACGCUAUUAAUGGUUUCGUGAGAUCUCUCGCUAAGCUCGAGCCAGAGUAUGGAAUCCGCGUAGCUGCUGUUGCUCCUGGUAUUAUGCGAACGCCAAUGUACCUAGAAAACCCCGAUAAGCUCGCCUCUAUCGAUAUGCAAAGGGAUUCGUGGUUGGAGCCCGGGCAAGUUGCCGAGGUGAUGCUUGGUUUAAUUGAGCGAAAUGCUAUUGGCUCACGGAUUGGAGAUUAUGACGCGGACAAGCAGACAAUCCCUAUCACCGGUGGGACUAUUCUUGAGGUUGCCGGAGGAGAGAUUCGUGCUGUAGCCCCUUACAAUGACCCAGGCCCGACUGGUCCAGGGGCAUUGGCAUCUAACAUCGGAACUUUAGAAGGGGAGAUCAAGGGCACUCUGAAGAAAGGCUGGGGUAUUCCAUAA